AUACUCUGCUCUUCGAACAGGAGCAACAUAAUAUAACCUGUCAUUCUUUAUAAUCAUCUGAUAUCCGACGCUCCGUGCCGCCAUCUAGGGGUUCCAUCCUUGCUAGGAUCGUGAGACAAUUGACAAGCUGCAUCUCGCAUCUCCCACAAUCCCACAACAAGGUUGCUGCAGAUCAGGGGCCUUCCCUUUCUGGCGACUUUAUUUUUCGAAUUUGCGAUCCUUCGAACCGCGGGUAUACUGCCGUGCUUUGUCCCUGCAGCACGCCUUCCAAGACCAGAGCAACUCAAGACUCUGUCGUCUCUACUGUUGCUAUUCCUGUCUACCCUACUGGUCUCUAAUUCUUUUGCCCGGAGUCCCCAUCAAUAGUCGGUCGGAACCUCAAGCAGCAAACAACAUACCUAUCGACAGAAUACUGUAUCAUUCGCUUCUAGUACCAAGAACAAACCGCUGUAGCUUGGUCUCUUUAUCCAAGCAUUGGUGACCCAUACACAAUCGCUUUGUGCGCAUAUAUUUGAGAGCACGGUCACAACUAACGAGUUAAUUAACUAUUUCUUUCCUAUUGCUUGAUUCCGAGCCGGCUACUCGAUGCUGGAUCAUGCGAUCAUGACCUACGGUGGAGUACACUUAGACGGGGUUGACCUCGCACUUCCCAGUCCUGGAUCACCUCCCGGUAUGACUUCGUCCGCUAUUACUUCCAGGGCCUCGUCUGUGCGAUCAUUCAAUUCCGACGACGGCGAAGACGGCAUCACUGCAGAUAUUGCCCAUUUUGAGGAGAUUGGUCUUGAUGAUGAUGUGACUUCACUUGAGCAUUCCCAUUUCCGAGACACCCACGCCAAGCUAGCUCCGAAUCCUUACAGUAUCUCAUUUGCUUCUGACCUCCGUGGCUCUGUUAAGCAUGUCGGCCCUAAGAUUCAUCCUCAGACGCGUGAUCUCGCCCACCCGCGACCACAGUUGCGUUCCAACCCGUCGUUUUCUGGCUCCCGAACCGGAGCUUCAACAUUGACACCGCAGUUUCGCGACACCAACACCCGUAAUAUUAGCACAGGCAUUGGCCCCGAGCCUCAAGCAGGCCCACUACCGACGCGAGGCCUCUCGGUACGAUCCAGUUCCUCAGCAGCUGCGUCCCGCCAUCGAAGCCCUAGCCCCAACGUUUCAGCUCGAUCACUUAGCCCUCGAGAUAAUAAUCUGGCAGUACCCAAGCUACGGCGAAGUAGCUCGCAGACGGGCAGGGCACUGAAGUCGACAAUUGAAUUAGAGAAAGAAUGUGACGAUGAUGACGAUAACAUCCCCGAUGAUCUCAUACUCGAUAACGUUCCUCUCUCACCUCGUCCCCCUAUGGAGCGGUCUGCCAGUCGUCCAGGCUCUACCACGACUUCCCCCGAAAGGAAACCAAAGGAACGCAUUCGUAGCGUGGGCAAUGGUACGCCGCCGAUCGCGGUCCACCAAGGUUGUCUAAAAUCUCCAACAUGGAGGACGGACUCUUCGCCUUCCACGGAAUCACAACGAUCGUCGGCUUCCUCUUCGACCAAGAGCCGAGCUAAGAGCUGGACUGCUGCUAUUUCAGAACUUAGCCCUGAAGCGAAGGCACUUACGGAGAAGUUAGAAGAGCAUGCUGAUGAACUGGAUAAGCAUGGCGUUUAUCACGCCACAUAUGUACGACCGGCGCCCAAGCCUCGUGUGAAAUCAGCACUUGCUGAACUCCCCCCUCUGAGACGGAGCAAUAUUAUGAUCGACCCUCUACCGAUUUCCAAGGAGAAGGAGGCAGUUCUCUCUCGAACAAGGCCAUCGUGGCUACCACCGAAGGACCCUGCAGAAGAGAAGAAGCACCUUAAAGAGUAUCAGAGGAUGAUAGCAAACAGUAUCGAGGCGGAUAAAAAGCGAGAGGCCGCAAAGAAGGAGAAGGAACGUAAUAAGGAUGUUGCUGCCAAGGCACUCACACAGGUGUGGGAAAACGACGUGCUGAAACGAUGGGACGUUGCCAUUCGUGAGCGGCGGACUCGGGAAUUAUGGUGGAAAGGCAUAGCCCCCCGAAGUCGAGGUGUCGCGUGGUCUCGAGCCAUAGGAAACCAGUUAGGAUUAACUGAGACGUCGUUCGAGGCAGCUUUAGCAAGAGCUCAUGAAGUCGAGAAGCGAUCUAGGGACAGGAAACCCGACAGCGAUGACGACCGCAAGAUGGGCUGGUUUGCGCAAAUUAAAGCGGAUGUAGAGGAACAGACUUGGGUUGACCUAAAAAUCUUUCAAACCGGCGGUCCCUUACACAGGAGUCUGGUCGACGUCCUUCGCGCGUAUGCAAUGUACCGGAGUGAUAUCGGCUACGUAUCUGGUUGCAGUACCAUUGCGGCGAUACUCUUGCUCAACCUUCCCACACCCGCUGCAACUUUCAUCGCCCUAGCCAAUGUCCUGAAUCGCCCCCUUCUUUUCUCCUUCUACGCUUCAGACGUAGGGGCUAAGACAUCCGCAUUCAACUUGCUUCUUCAAACCCUAGCCAAGAAGUCACCGAAGCUACAUGAACAUCUGACCAACCAGGAGCUUGGCAUCGAACCGGAUGGCUAUCUUGGUGAUAUAUUUACGUCCUGCUUUACGCGAAAUUUCAGUCUCGACGAAUGUACUCGGAUAUGGGAUGUUUAUGUUUUCGAAGGGGAUGCUGUUCUUGUCCGCGCUGCCGUUGCCUUACUGUUGGAUAGAGAAGCCUCUCUGCUCAGUGCCAAAACCACUGCUGAAGUUCGGGACAUUAUUGACGGUAGAAGCAAGUCGGACGAGCAGGAGAAGGUUGAUGCCUGGAUGGCCAAAGUACGAGAUGCGGGAAAGUCAUGAUCGCAUUUUGCGGUCAAUAAAUGGCGUUAAUUAUUGUCCAUUUGUCCCUACUCGUUAUGGCCUCAUAAUCGGAUUGUUGCCCACGCACCACUGUGCGACUUGUCACUAUUGAGCAAGU